AAAGCAGUAUUCAAGCGUAAGAACUGAUUGUCGGGAAGUCUGACACUUAUUCCCCAAAGAUGAAUUUUCUCAUCAGUCCAUCCUGAAAGCAAAGGAUGUCGCCUCAUAUCGUGUGUUGCAGAAGUUUUGCUUCCAAAGAUGUUUUCAAAAUUAUUUUUCUGUCUUUAUCUGUUAAGAAAGACUCUUAAUUUAGGGGCAACGCUUUUCUCGCCGUGUGGUUAUUAAAGCUAGACGAUGCUUGCGAUGGCGAGAAAUGGAAAGAUAACUCACGAAGCGCGAGGCCACCCUCUGAGCGUAGACUUCCUGCACCUAUCUGAUAACGAUGGAGGUCACACCAUCCCCUUCACCCAUUCCUGUUUAUUCAUCCACCACCCUACCCCUUCACCUAGCACAGAGCCCAACCUGUCUGCCGUCUGCAUAGCUGCACGCAUCUUCUAGAAACAAGAAACUGUUGCUGUGCCCCUUGCAGACAUGCGCCAGGGAGGAGACCUGUCAGCAUCCAGCGCUUCAUCAGCACGCUCGUACAAGAAGAUACUUGGUCUGUGACUUUUUUUGCAGGUUCCAUGUUCUUCAGACUGUGGCUGUGGUCGGUGACUGUCACUCUCAACAUGUUUCAAGCUGUUGUCCAGGACUCAUCCAACUGCUGAUUGGCCCUCGAGAGGAAUAUCAAAAAUCCUGCCUGACUCGGUGAACUGUGAUUGGUUCCCCAACAGUGUGGCUGUCGUCGGUCAGUCCCACCACCACCAUCACAAAGAUGACCAUACACAAAACUCCGUCUGAGCUGGAGGUCUUCAGCAGAUGGUACCAGCCCAUCCACGGCGUUUCCGCGCCCAUCAUCUGCUCCCUGGGCAUCGUAGUGAACUGCCUCAGCAUUGUAGUGCUGACACAAAACAUGGUCAACCCAACCUAUGUCCUCCUCACAGGUCUGGCCAUCUCCGACUGCUUGACCAUGGCCGCUUACCUCCCUUUCGCCAUCCUAAAUUACCACCUAUACCCACGAUACACACCUCUACCCUCCGCUACGUACAUCAUGUUCUUCGCCAUCUUCAGUGUCAUCGUCCACUCUAUAUCAAUCUGGCUGACCGUGUCUCUGGCGGUCUUCCGGUAUAUUUUCAUCCGCUAUCCAGGGCGGGGUGCAAAAUUGUGCAGCAUUCAGCGGGCCAACUUCACGAUUGCCGCGGUCUGGAUAGUCGUCACAAUAGUCUGCAUACCCAAUUCGGUUAGUUAUUACCUUGUGGAGGAUCGAGUGGACGAAACCAACACCACUUCGUGGUACAUCCACGUUCGAGACGACACAGGUGGCUAUGUCUUCCUCAAGGGUUUCAAUCUCUGGAUUCAGGCCAUCCUGGUGAGACUCUUACCUUGCUUCCUGCUCGCAGUCUUCUCAAUCCUGCUCAUCAAACAGAUGAAGGAUCCUGGGCGGUAUCACAAGACCCUUCUUGGCAAGAAAGGCAGGAGGGAUGCUGACAGCGAAGGGCACCGCAAAACCAACCGCACGACUCGCAUGAUCAUUGCCGUUCUCGUCCUCUUCUUCGUCACCGAGACCCCCCAGGGUGUCCUCCAGCUCCUCGGUGGCAUCAUUGACGGGUUCUUCGAUCACGUGUACAGUCCUCUGGGCGACGUGAUGGACACGCUGGCCCUGAUCAACAACGGAAUCAACUUCGUGCUGUACUGCACCAUGAGCAAGCAGUUCAGGGACACCUUCAUCAGGAUCUUCCUCUGUGGACUCGUUGCUGAUAACUCCAAUAACUUUAAGCGCAGUACUACCGCCACUACUACGCAGCCCACGAGAGACACUGAAGUGUAACACUUGCUCCGUAUGUCUGGAUGGUCAGCUCACUGGCUGGCAAAGGCAUUACUGUAGUAAAAAAAACUAACCAGUCCCACACUUGUUAUUAUUAUAAAAAUAACAAUUUCGUCGAUUUUAUCCUCCUUGCCAGAGAUUUGAGUUAUUGCUUACAAUUCAAAUAUGUUCAUUCUCCACCGAUUGUGUUUUUGUCAUCAUUAAUCAUUUAAUGCUUAAUAUGAUAUCAAAUAAUGUUAAAAUAUACAGAAAUUAAUUAUCAAAAGUCUUGUUUUCUAUGUCUCUCUGUCUCUCUUGAUUAGUCCAGAUAUGACAUGUGUUGCUAUUAACCCUUUUAAUGCAUUAAAACAAAUGACGAGGCAGCAUAAUAAGCUUUCAUUUUUCCCCCAUCUACUUAGUUUUAAUGUCUCCUUGUGAAUGUUUGUGCUGCUGAUCUGAUAUAUAUAUACAUUUUCCUUAAAUGCUUGGAUAGAUAGAUCGUCCUUGUGACCUCAUAGGUGAUAACUUUAUCCUAGUGUCGACGGGAGACACUGAAGUGUAGUCCAGAUGAAUAUAUGUACGAAUUUCGACUUCGCCCCGAUGUCUUACUAGCCUUCUUGAUGUCUAAACUAACGAUUCACAAUGCUUUAAUAUAGUCAAUUGUUUUCUAAUUUUUUUAAAACCCCGGCCUUGCGUUGUUCCAAGUCAUUGUGAUAUCUUGAUACAGGUCAAUGACUGAAAUCAAGAAAAUUCGUCUUCGCAUUUGCAUGUUUUUAAGGAUAAAGAUUGCUGAAAUUUGACUCAUA